CAUGGAGGCCGUGCUGGCGGCUCUCGGGGGUGGGGACGGGGGGGGGCGGGACCUGCACCGCGACCCCUUCCGGGAUUGCUGCGGUCCUGGACAGGGGCUCGGGCCCCAGAGCCUCCUUAAUGGCUCGGCAUGUGUUCCUGACCGGGCCCCCAGGAGUUGGAAAAACAACAUUGAUCCAGAAAGCUAGUGAGGCUUUAAAGUCUUCUGGUGCUCCAGUUGAUGGAUUUUAUACAGAAGAAGUCAGACAAGGAGGAAGAAGAAUAGGAUUCGAUAUUGUCACCUUAUCUGGCAUGAGGGGACCUUUAUCUAGAGUUGGGUCAGUGCCUCUGCCUGGAAAACGUGAAUGCCGAGUUGGGCAGUAUGUGGUGGAUUUGAUGUCCUUCGAGCAGUUGGCACUUCCUGUCCUGAGGAAUGUAGGUUCAAGCAGUGACUCAGGACACCAAGUAUGUGUCAUUGAUGAGAUUGGAAAAAUGGAACUAUUCAGUCAGCCUUUUAUCCAGGCUAUUCGUCAGACACUAUCCACCCCAGGGAUUGUAGUCCUUGGAACAAUCCCAAUACCUAAAGGAAAACCACUGGCCCUUGUGGAAGAAAUAAGAAGCAGAAACGACAUCAGGGUGUUCAAUGUCACCAGGGAAAAUAGAAACCACCUUUUGCAAGAUAUCGUGACAUGUGUGCAGAGUAGCAGCAAGUAAACUUGGUUUGUGUUACUGCUUUUCUGCACAUGAAGACAUGUGUUAGUUCACAUGACAUGCCCUGCCAGUCAAGGUUUUAUGCCUUUGGGUUUAUGAAACUUUGUGGGCUUUUCCAAAGAAAGCCUGACAGCUGUUAAUAAUAAAAUGUUAAAAAAAAAAAAAUCAAAUUAGCCUUA